ACAAAAAUGUCAUUGUCAAUGUUGUUUUCAUCUUUUCGUGUGUGGUUUUAAAAUAUUUUUUUCUAAAACCCUGAAUUACUUUUAAUUAAAAUAACAAAGAAAUGCAAAUGUACACAAAUAAUUAUACUUCUUGUAUGUAACUUUUGUAUGCAGUUAAUUUAGCGACAUAAUUUUAAAGUAGAAAACAUGGAAGAUAUAAAAGAGUGGCUUUCGCUUCCUCCGCAGUAUACUACGUUCAGAGUAAAUAAACUGAAAAAAUUUGAUUGUAAUACCCUAGAAACUUACCUCAGUACUAAAGCUCCUGAGCUAAACACAACCUCUUUGCCCAAUUAUUAUUUCUUAAAACCGGAUUGCUUGGUGGUGGAGCAAUGGCCGGUUGACGUGAAAGUUGAUAAAGGACGAAAAGAGGUUAUUGUGGAUGCAUUAUGCGCAGCGGCUGUAUUGAGAGGGGCACACGUGUUUGCUCCUGGGGUGGUGGGCAUGCCAACAAAUUGUCAGCUGGAUGAAAUGGUUGACAUUUACGGAGAUAUAGAUGGUCAAUGUAAACGAGGCCUCAAAGUCACAUUUCAGGGUAGAAAACUCUUUGUAGGCACUGGAGUGUUGAAAAUGUUACGGCGUGACUUAUUUGAUAAUGGAGUACAGCCAAGUGGCAUAGCUAUAGAGACACUUCUUCCAGCGUCAAGGCUACCUGUAGUCAAUGAAACAAUAUGUCCUCCUGGAGUCUUAUUAUUGCAAAAUCUACCCUCUAUUGUGUGUGGGUGGGUUGUGAAUGCUUUGCCUCAUGAGCUCAUCCUAGACAUGUGUGCUGCACCUGGUAAUAAAACAACCCACUUGGCAGAAAUGUCCAAUGACCAAGCAUUUAUCAUAGCAAUGGAUAAAACAAGACAGAAAGUCGAAAAGUUAAAAGAAAACUGUAUAAAACAAGGAGUAACAUGUGUCACUGCUUAUGCAUUUGAUUCAACAAAAUGCUGCUCAAAUGACAGUAAAAAUAUAGAUAGUGGCCCUCCAUUUCCACCAAAUAGUUUUGACAAAGUCCUCCUAGAUGCUCCCUGUAGUGGACUAGGCCAGAGACCUCAGUUAAAUAAUAAAAUGACACCAAAAAUGCUGGAAUCAUACAAGGUUGUUCAACGAAAAUUAAUGAAAGCAGCUGUUGACGUACUGAAAGAAGGUGGAACAUUGGUGUACAGUACUUGUACUGUUACCAUAGAUGAAAAUGAGGGCUUAGUACAGUGGACUUUAGAGAAGUUUCCAUGUCUACGUCUAGUUCCAGCUGAGCCCCUCCUAGGUGGGCCCGGUUUGUCCGGCAGUGGCCUAAAUGAUGAUCAAAGAGUAAUGGUGCAAAGAUUUGGCCCAGAAAUUGAUAACUUAAGAUUAGCAGAACCAAUAUAUCGAGAUUCCAUUGGUUUUUUUAUAGCAAAGUUUACUAAAUCUCACUGAAUAUUGUACUCUUUAU